GCACACACCUGGCCGGGGCGGCACAAAGAGCAGCGGCGCCGGCCCGCGCCGCGGCUGGCUCCGCCCGUGCGGCGCGCUGCGGCGCCGCACCGCGCACCGCUCUCAGUCGGGGACGCGCGCGAGAGAGGGCGGCACCCCGCGCCGCGCCGCCGCCGCCGCCGCUGACGCUGACGCUGCCGUGUAAAUAAACCGCCGGCCGGUCGGCUGACCGGAGCCACCGCCGCGCAGUGUGACGCCAGCGGCCGUGCCCGCGGUGCUGUGUAGUGUGAUACCGAACUCGGCUGUGGAACGUCAUGGGCUCGGCCACGCUGCCCUCGAUGACUGUAUAUGUGAAGGCGGGCGCGGACGGCCGCCGUCCGGGAGCAUGUCCGUUCAGCCAGGCGGUCUACAUGUCUGCGCUGGCGGCGGAGGCUGCCGGCCUGGUGACCUGCGGAGAGCCUGUGCCCGUGCUGGUGUCCCGUCCACCAACAGAGUUCGCUCAGCACGGUCUGAAGCACGUGCCGGCCGUGGUGUGCGGCGGAGUAGCGCUCGACAACGCUGACGACAUCGCUGCCUACAUGCGGGAGGCGUUCCCGGGCGCGGGCCUGGCUUACAACUGUCCGGAGGCUGAGCUGGCCACUGCCGGCGUCUUCUCCCGCUUCUGCUUCUACAUGAAGGCGGUGUCGCGGGACCCGAGUCACCUGGAGGCCGAGCUGCGGAAGCUGGACGCGUUCCUGGCCGCCGCGCCGGGUCCGUUCCUCUGUGGCGCGCGGCUCUCUCAGCUCGACUGUGAGGUGAUGCCCAAACUGCAGCACCUGCGAGUGGCCUGCGCCGCGCUCAAGGGAUACACGAUUGGCGUGGAGCUGGCCCAUUUCUGGCGCUACAUGCACCAGGCGUAUUCGGAAGAGGCGUUUGUGCGCGCGUGCCCGUGCGACCAAGAGAUUGUGCUGCACUGGGCCGACCGGCCCGAGACGGACAAAUUGUCGUUUGAGCGGCACAAGGCGCUCUCGCGGGAGAAGCCAAAGUACUCACUGGAUGUGCCUGUUAGGGCGGCCGUGGUGACACUGGUGGACGACUGAGUGGACUGAGUGAACCUCCAGUGGACUGAGUGGACCGAAAGUGGACCGAUUGGACCGCUGAGGACCUAGAGCCGCCGCGAGACAGUGGCCCGAGCCGCGGUGGCUCGCAGGUCGGCUCCGGUCCGCCGUGCGGUGCCGCCGCCGCCGCGGGGCUUCGCUGCCAGUGCUGCGGUCAGCUGAAACUAGUCAGUCGAGACGCUCUCCUGGCCGCCGAUCUGUCACCCAGUCGUGACCCGCCCCGCCCCGCCCCGCCCCACCCACGUCGUCCGUACCGCCGCCAGUAUAAUUUGCCGCUAAUUUGACAGGGAGACAAGGGCCACGCCCUGCUCCACCCCUGCUAGUAUACGCUGUGCGCGCAGGAAUGGCUUCGGACGCGAGCAACAGCAUCAGCCGCGAGCAACAUGCUAGGCGGCGCAACAGAUGACGGUGAUAACGUCACUGUGACGUGCGUCACGGAGUUAUGCGGGCUGCCAAUGCGCCGGGCUGGGGAGAACUGAACGCUAUCGAGCUUCCACUACUUGCCUUAGCUGCGAGUGUUUAUUUAAAGAGAACGUAUUGUUUGAAUAACUGUUUUAGAUUAGUACUGUGAAGUUUGAUGUGCUGUCAUGUCGUAUAUGAUACAAGUCAAUACAAGUUGACGAGAUCA